GUAAGAUUUCUAUUAUUCAUCUUUCCCUUGUUCGUAGGAAGAACAGAAAAAUUAGUGUUUAGGAAAAUCAUGGCAAAAUGUAGUAAAUACAUGGUUAUGUACAUGCUAGCCGUUCUCUUCUUGUUUGUCACCGUAAGUUGUGAUGAAGAGAAUGUUGAAGAUGAUGUACCGAAACCAGGAACGCCUUCUAGCAUUACCUUUGAUGGGCGAUCCUUGUUUAUCAAUGGAAAACGGGAGCUCAUCUUCUCCGGAUCAAUCCAUUACCCUCGUGUUCCUGUCGCGUUGUGGGAUAGCGUCCUUGACAAAGGUAAAGAGGGUGGCCUAAAUGCAAUCCAAACUUACGUCUUUUGGAACAUUCACGAGCCAAUUAAAGGACAGUACAAUUUCACAGGCAAUUAUGAUUUGGUGAAAUUCAUGAAACUAAUACGUGAAAAGGGAAUGUGGGCAGUUCUUAGGGUCGGACCAUUCAUCCAAGCUGAAUGGAAUCAUGGUGGACUUCCAUAUUGGUUAAGAGAGGAGCCUAAUAUCACAUACCGAACCGAUAAUCCGGCAUACAAGAUGAAUAUGGAGAAAUGGGUUACCCAAGUGGUUAACCUGAUGAAGGACAACAACUUAUUUGCUCCCCAAGGAGGUCCCAUUAUGAUGGCUCAGAUUGAGAACGAGUACGAUCAUAUAAGAUAUGCCUUCGAUGAAGCAGCAGAGAGAUACAUCAAAUGGGCAGGACAAAUGGCUGUUGGCCUCAAAACUGAUGUACCAUGGCUUAUGUGCAAAUCUAAAGAUGCACCCGGCGAAGUGAUCAAUGCAUGUAAUGGCAGGCAUUGUGGAGAUACAUUCAAAGGUCCAAAUACUCCUGGAAAGCCUUAUUUGUGGACCGAGAAUUGGACUGCUCAGUAUAGAGUUUUCGGAGACGCACCUUCUCAAAGGGCGGCUGAAGAUAUCGCCUUUUCAGUGGCUCGUUGGUUCUCAAGAAAUGGAAGCCAUUUCAACUAUUACAUGUAUCAUGGUGGUACAAAUUAUGGAAGAACUGCUGCCUCCUUUGUCACCACUCGCUACUACGAUGAAGCUCCAAUUGAUGAAUUUGGUCUAAUAAGAGAGCCCAAAUGGGGUCACUUGAAGGAUUUGCACCAGGCUCUUGUGCUGGCCAAGAAGCCCAUUCUUGAAGGAAAGCUUCGUAUCAAAAAGAACGGUUUUGAUUUUGAGGCAAAUUUCUAUGAGAAGGGUGACCUUUGUGCUGCAUUCCUAUGGAACAACCACACACAUGAAGUAAAAACGAUGAAAUUCAGAGGCAAAGAGCAUGUAGUUCCACCCAAGUCCAUUAGCAUCCUACCAGAUUGCAAGACUCUAGUCUAUAAUACCGACUAUAUGGUAGCUCAACAUAGUGCAAGAGAAUUUGUCAAGUCUGAGGUAGCGCAUAGGAACCUUAGAUGGGAGAAAACGACGGAGAGCAUACCAAGAGAUGGCGUCUUCUCAAGGGAACCUAAAGAACAAUACUUUGUUACCAAAGAUAAAAGUGACUAUUUGUGGUACAGAACCAGUAUAGAUCUAGACAGUUCAGACUUGCCAUUUAAAAAGUCCCUUCGACCAGUUUUGCAAGUGCUCAGUCUUGGCCACGCUUUGGUCGCCUAUGUCAACGGAGAAUUUGUUGGAACUGGGCAUGGAGUAAAGCGAGAAUACAACUUCCCAUUUUCAGUAGCCAUAAGAUUGAAGGAAGGAUUAAACAAUAUUUCAAUUUUGGGAUGCACAGUUGGAAUGCCGGAUAGUGGAAGCUAUAUGGAACGUAGGUUUACUGGGAUCAGAUCAGUAGAGCUCUUAGGUCUCGGUACCGGAAACCUUGAUAUCUCCUUCAAUGGCUGGCAUCACACGGUUGGUUUGGAAGGAGAGAGGCUCCAGUACUUCACUGACGAAGGAGUAUCAAGGGCUAAAUGGACCCCUGCUUCAGGUGUUGGUGAACCUCUUACUUGGUAUAAGGCCUACUUUGAUGCACCAGAGGGAGAUGAACCAUUAACUAUUAGACUACAAAACAUGACCAAAGGUAUCGCUUGGAUAAAUGGCCAAAGUAUCGGGCGUUUCUGGUCAUCUUACCUUACGGUCAUGCAAAGCCCUUCUCAAAACGAGUACCACAUCCCAAGAUCGUUCCUAAGGCCUAAGGACAACUUGUUGGUGAUCUUCGACGAGGCUGGAGGAAACAUUGACACAGUUCAAAUCGAAACAGUGAAUAGGGAUAGUGUUUGCAGCUUCAUAGAGGAAGAUUGGCCAGCCGACGUGUGGUCUUGGAAGAGAAAUGGGAACGAAAUUGUGCCAGCAGGCGAUACCCCUCAACUUAAGGCCUCCCUCAAGUGCCCUAAGGACAAAGUCAUCAAUCGCGUUGAGUUUGCUAGUUUUGGCAACCCUAAAGGUGUUUGUGGCUACUUCCUUCUUGGUGAUUGCAACUCUCCCAAUACCGUUAAAGUCGUUGAACAGAAUUGUUUGGGAAAAGAGAGUUGCACGAUACCAAUAAAUGAGACAACGUUCGACAAGGAGGCAUGCCCAAACGUAGCAAAGAAGACAUUUGCCGUGCAAGUGAAAUGUGGACGUAGAGGAUAGAAGCCUUGCAUGUUGAUUUUUAUAUAUGGGUGUGGUAUAUGAUUGUCAUUGUAAUUUUUUUCACCCUCUUUUUGAUAUACAGUAGAUAUUUGUAUUAUAUAAUGUACUGUAUUUAUUAGAUAGGAAUUGAAAUUUCAGAAGCCAUUAGAAUCCAACUCAAAAGCAGAGCUUUGCAUGUCUUACAAUCAAUUCCUAUCAUCAUCUAGCCAUAUGAUAUAUCUACUUAUCUAGUGAAUUGGUACUCGUAUCCAUUACGGAGUAAAAAGUAAAGGAAAGAAUUGAGUGCAAUCCGACUUGAUUGGUUGUACCCGGUACGUCACUAAAAAUGACUUAAACUCAUACCAUGAGAUACAUUUAAUACUAUGUAAAAAAGUCAUACGUACAAGCAAGCUAGAAGACGAAUAGUGGCAUUAGUGGUGUGGUAACGAAUUAUUUUAUUUAUUUUUUAGUUAGUUCUAGACUUUUAGAUAACGUUAUACUAGCUAACUAGUACAAAGACUACAAACCCAUACCAAGAUAUAUACUUUUACCAAUUAUAAUUUCAAAAUAAA